GCCUGCCUCCUUCCUUAUGCUUGCCUCUUGGAGCUCAUUCGCUGCUUGCCACUGCAACCACUGUCUGUCUUAGACAGCGGACCUGCCUGCCAUGGCAGAGACCCGGAGCCCCCUUUUGCUCUACAUCCUGGUCUUCUGUUUGCCAGGCUCUGGAUUGAUCAGAGGGCAGAAGAUGAAGUCUGAACGCUGUGAUGUGCUCAGAGCGAUUCCCAUGUACACACCCUGCACCGCGUGCGCAGCUGUCCGGAGGCAGCCGUGUUUCUCCGACCGGCAUCUGAGCUUGGUGGAGACGAUACUCCUAGACUGUCGCUAUGAGGUGACGCUCAAGGGCUCUGUGCUAUCCUUAAGUGGCUGCAGACAGGAGUGCUGGCACCACGGGGUUCAUAAUGCCUGCUGCCCUGGCUACUGGGGAUCCAAGUGCUUUGAGUGCCCUGGAGGUGCUGAGAAACCAUGUAAUGGCCACGGGACCUGCCUGGAUGGCAUAGCUGGAAAUGGGACCUGUGUGUGCCAGGAAAACUUCAGCGGCUUAGCCUGCCAGGAGUGCCGAGACCCCCAAAGAUUUGGUCCGGACUGCCAAUCAGUGUGCAGAUGUGUGCAUGGCCUGUGCAACCACGGACCACAGGGGAAUGGGAGCUGUCAGUGUUUUGCUGGAUACACCGGCCCCCUCUGUGACCAAGAGCUUCCGGUCUGCCAGAGGCUGGGAUGCCCCAAGAAUUCCCUGUGCUCUGCAGAGAUGCCCUCCUGUAAGUGCCUGCCUGGACACAUUCAGAAAGGAAAUGUCUGUGUUGCUUCUGACCCCUGCCAGCCAUCUCCUUGCUCCCCACUGGCCCGAUGCUCAAGGACUCCCGAGGGGCAGGCUCAGUGUCACUGCCCAGAGAAUUACCAUGGCGAUGGCAAAGUGUGUCUGCCCAAGGACCCGUGCCUCACCAACUUCGGUGGCUGCCCCAGGAACUCUACCUCCUGUCAGUACCUGGAGCCAGGCAAGGCCACCUGUACGUGCCUGACAGGUAUGAAAAAAAUUAACAACAAUGCUUCUGAGGGAUGCUACGCCUCAUGCGAACCACAUUCCUGUGACAAGUCAGCCACCUGUCAGCUGACCCCUAGUGGAAAGACCAGCUGUGUGUGCAAAGAUGGCGAGGUGGGUGACGGCCGUGCCUGCUAUGGACACCUGCUCCGAGAGGUUCAGAGGGCCAAUCAGAACGGCCUGGUGGUCCCACGGCUAAGAGUGGCUGUUGCCAUGCUGGAGCAGGGCUGCCAGGAGAUUCUCACUGCAUCAGGCCCAUUCACCCUGUUGGUGCCAUCCAUCUUGCCCGUCUCCUCUGUUGCCUCCAGUGCCAUGAAUGUGACCCUGGCACAGCAGCUCUGCAGACAGUAUAUCAUCGCGGGGGAGCACAUCCUGGAAGAUGUAGGGCCUUCAAACAUACGCAAGUGGUGGACGCUGGCUGGCCAGGAGAUCACUGUCACUUUCAAAAACUUUAGAUAUACCUAUAAGUAUGAAGACCGGCCCCAGCAGACGUUCAGCAUCCAAAAGGCCAACUACGCAGCGGCUAACGGGGUCUUCCAUACGGUCUCUGCCCUGAGGUGGCAGCUUCCGCCUCCGCUUCCAGGGGACCCCAAGAAAACUGUUGGCCAGAUCCUUGCUUCUACAGAGGUUUUCACGAGGUUUGAAACGAUCCUGGAGAACUGCGGGCUGCCUUCUAUCCUGGAUGGGCCUGGGCCCUUCACGGUCUUUGCCCCAAGCAAUGAAGCUGUGGACAGCCUUCGAGAUGGCCGCCUGAUCUACCUUUUCACAGCAGGCCUUUCCAAACUUCAGGAGCUGGUGCGGUACCACAUCUACAACCAUGGCCAGCUGCCGGUCGAGAAGCUCAUCACUAAGGGACGCGUCCUCACCAUGGCCAACCAGGUCCUGACUGUGAACAUCUCUGAGGAGGGGCGCAUCCUGCUCGGGCCUGAGGGCGUCCCCUUGCGGAGAGUGGACGUGCUGGCCGCCAACGGUGUGAUCCACAUGCUGGAAGGCAUUCUGCUGCCCCCCACCAUCCUGCCCAUCCUCCCCAAGCACUGCGACGAAGAGCAGCACAGGACUGUGGUGGGUUCUUGUGGCGAUUGCCAGGCCUUGAAUGCCAGUAAAUGCCCUCCAAACACUGUGAAACUGGAUCUCUCCCCCAAGGAGUGUGUUUAUACUCAUGACCCAACUGGGCUCAAUGUGGUGAAGAAAGGCUGUGCCCACUACUGCAACCAGACCACCACAAUACGUGGCUGCUGCAAAGGAUUUUUUGGGCCUGACUGCACCCAGUGUCCAGGGGGCUUCUCCAACCCCUGCUACGGCAAGGGCAACUGCAGCGAUGGGAUCCAGGGCAACGGGACCUGCCUCUGCUUUCCAGACUACAAGGGUAUCGCGUGCCAUAUCUGCUCCAACCCAAACAAACACGGAGAGCGGUGCCAGGAGGACUGUGGCUGUGUCCAUGGUCUGUGUGACAACCGUCCUGGCAGUGGAGGGGUGUGCCAGCAAGGCACAUGUGCCCCUGGCUUCCGAGGCCGCUUCUGCAAUGAGUCCGUAGGAGAAUGUGGGUCCUCGGAGCUGGCGAAGCGCUGCCACGCGAAUGCUCAGUGCAUUAGUCAGGAGGGUGCUGCCAGGUGUGUCUGCCAUGAUGGUUUUGAAGGUGAUGGUGUCAACUGUAAACGCAGCAAUCCCUGCUCACGCCCAGACCGAGGUGGCUGCUCAGAGAACGCCGAGUGUGUCAGCGGGGACCUGGGUAGUCACCAGUGCAUUUGCCACAAAGGCUGGAGCGGAGAUGGCCGUGUCUGUGUGGCCAUUGACGAAUGUGGGCUGGACACUCGAGGUGGCUGCCAUGCUGAUGCCCUCUGCAGCUAUGUGGGCCCGGGACAGAGCCGAUGCACUUGUAAGCUGGGCUUCGCUGGAGAUGGCUACGAAUGCAGCCCCAUUGACCCCUGUCGGGUAGGCAAUGGCGGCUGCCAUGGCCUGGCUACCUGCCAGGCAGUGGGGGGAGGCCAGCGUGUUUGCACGUGCCCCCCACAUUUUGGUGGUGAUGGCUUCAGUUGCUAUGGAGACAUUCUCCAGGAACUGGAGGCAAAUGCCCACUUCUCUGCCUUCUUCCAAUGGUUCAAGAAUUCAAGCAUCACUCUCCCUGCUAACAGCAACGUCACAGCCCUGGUGCCUUCUGAAUCUGCCAUCCGUAGGCUGAGCCUCGAGGACCAGGCCUUCUGGCUGCAGCCAAAGAUGCUGUCAGAACUGGUCAGGGCCCAUUUUCUCCAGGGUGCCUUCUCGGAGGAGGAGCUGGCCCGGCUAAGUGGACAACAAGUAGCCACACUGAGCCCCAUAACACGCUGGCAGAUACACAACAUUAGUGGGAAAGUCUGGGUGCACAAUUCCAGCGUGGAUGUCCCUGACCUCCUUGCCACCAAUGGCGUCCUACAUAUUAUCAGUCAGGUCUUAUUGCCUUCGAGAAGUGAUGUGCAGACUGGGCCAGGUUUGCUGCAGCAACUAGAUAAGGUGCCUGCCUUCCACCUCUUCCGGGAGCAGCUAAAGCAUCACAAACUGGUGGCCCAAAUUGAGGCUGCCAAAGCCUACACCAUCUUUGUACCCACAAACCACUCUCUGGAGACGCAGGGCAACAACAGUAUCCUGGACAUAGACACAGUGCGACAUCACGUGAUCCUCGGAGAGGCACUCUCUGUGGAGGUCUUGCAGAAAGGGGGACACCGUAACUCCCUCCUGGGCUCCGCCCACUGGCUGGUCUUCUACAAUCACAGUGGCCAGCCUGAGGUGAACCACACGCCACUGGAGGGCCCUUUUCUGCAGGCCCCUGGCUGCUCCCUCUUUGGUCUGUCUGGGAUCCUGACAGUGGGCUCCAGCCGUUGCCUGCACAGCCACGCAGAGGCUCUUCGGGAGAAAUGCAUAAACUGUACCCGGAAAUUCCGCUGUACUCAAGGCUUCCAGCUGCAGGAUACGCCUAGGAAGAGCUGUGUCUACAGAUCUGGCUAUUCUUUCUCCUGGGGCUGUUCCUACACGUGUGUCAAGAAGAUCCAGGUACCCGACUGCUGCCCAGGCUUCUUUGGCACACUAUGUGAGCCAUGCCCAGGGGGUCUAGGUGGAGUGUGCUCAGGCCAUGGGCAGUGCCAAGACAGGUUUCUGGGCAACGGGGAAUGUCGCUGCCAAGAGGGCUUCCACGGAACAGCCUGUGAGAUGUGUGAGCUAGGCCGCUAUGGGCCCACCUGCUCUGGAGUAUGUGACUGUGACCACGGGCUGUGCCAGGAGGGGCUGCGAGGGAAUGGAAGCUGUGUCUGUAAUGUAGGCUGGCAGGGUCUCCGCUGUGACCAGAAAAUCAUUGCUCGUCAGUGUCCCGAGAAGUGUGAUCCCAACGCCAACUGCGCGCAGGACUCCGCUGGAACCCCUGCCUGUGUGUGCGCUGUGGGCUAUUCCGGCAACGGCAGCUAUUGCUCAGAGGUGGAUCUCUGUGCCUCUGGCCACGGCGGCUGCUCGCCCUAUGCCAACUGUACCAAGGUCGCUCCUGGGCAACGGACAUGUACCUGCAAGGAUGGCUACACAGGCGACGGGGAGCUGUGCCAGGAAAUAAACAGCUGUCUUGUCCACAAUGGGGGCUGCCAUGUUCAUGCCGAAUGUAUCCCCACAGGCCCCCGGCAGGUCUCCUGCAACUGUCGUGAGGGUUACAGUGGUGAUGGCAUUCAAACUUGCAAGCUUCUGGACCCCUGCUCUCAGAACAAUGGCGGCUGCAGCCCUUAUGCUGUGUGCAAAAGCACAGGGGACGGGCAGAGGACAUGCACCUGUGACAAAACUCAUACUGUGGGAGAUGGCAUCACCUGUCAUGGACGAGUUGGCCUGGAGCUCCUACGGAACAAGUAUGCCUCGUUCUUCAGCCUCCACCUCCUGGAAUACAAGGAGCUCAAGGGUGACGGUCCUUUCACUAUCUUUGUGCCACAUGCUGAUGUGAUGAAUACGCUGUCCCAGGACGAACUGGCUAGGAUACGUGCCCAUCGCCAGCUUGUGUUUCGCUACCACGUGGUCGGCUGCAGGCAGCUGGGGAGCCAAGAGCUGCUGGACCAGGGUUAUGCCACCGCGCUGUCUGGGCACACGCUGCGUUUCAGUGAGAAGGAGGGCAGCAUUUAUCUCAAUGACUUCGCUCGGGUGGUGAGCAGCGACUACGAGGCCUUGAACGGCGUCCUGCACUUCAUCGACCGGGUCCUGCUGCCGCCCGACGUGCUACACUGGGAGGCUGAAACCCUCCCAAUCCCCCGGAGAAACGUCACCACUGCUGCUGAAAACUUUGGUUACAAGAUCUUCAGCCGCCUGUUGAAGAUGGCUGGCCUCCUGCCCAUGCUUCAAGAUCCAACCCAUCAUCCCUUCAUUAUGCUGUGGCCCACAGAUUCUGCCCUGCAAGCCCUGCCUCCUGAGCAGAAGACCUGGCUCUACCAUGAGGACCACCGGGACAAACUGGAAGCUAUUUUGCGGGGUCAUGUGAUUCGUAACAUUGAGGCCUUGGCAUCUGACCUACCCAACCUGGGCCAACUCCGGACCAUGCAUGGAAACACCAUCUCUUUCUCCUGCAGCCGUGCUCGGCCUGGUGAGCUCCUGGUAGGCGAAGACGACACCCACAUUGUGCAGCGGCACUUGCCCUUCGAAGGCGGCUUGGCUUACGGCAUUGACCAGCUGCUGGAGCCAGCUGGCCUUGGGGCCCGCUGUGAUCGCUUCGAGACCCAGACACUUCAAAUGAAGACUUGCAGCAUCUGUGGACUGGAGCCACCCUGUCCUCAGGGCUCACGGGAGCAGGGGAGCCCCGAGCGCUGCUGGCGUUACUACCCCAAGUUCUGGGCAACUCCACUCCACUCCCUGACGAGGCGAGGUGGUGCCUGGAUGAAGCCUGGUUUUUGGCACAACAUUGGCAUGGGCAGGGGCUGCCACCGCAACUGUGUCACUGCCGUCUGGAAGCCCAGCUGUUGCCCUGGUCAUUACGGCAUUGACUGCCAAGCUUGCCCUGGUGGCCCCCGAAGCCCCUGCAAUAACCACGGAGUGUGCCUGGAUGGCAUGAGUGGAAGUGGGCAGUGUAAUUGCCAUCCGCGUUUUGCUGGGAUAGCCUGUGAACUCUGUGCCCCAGGUGCCUUCGGCCCCCAGUGCCAAGCUUGCCGCUGUUCCACACAUGGGCGUUGUGAUGAAGGCCUUGGGGGCUCUGGCUCCUGCUUCUGUGAUGAAGGCUGGACCGGGCCCCAGUGUGACAUACAGCUAGAGUUGCAGCCUGUGUGUACCCCACCCUGUGCAAGCCAGGCCAUGUGCCGUGCAAACAACAGCUGUGAGUGCAGCCUGGGCUAUGAAGGGGACGGCCGCGUGUGCACAGUGGCAGAUCUGUGCCAGAAGGGGCAUGGCGGCUGCAGUGAGCAUGCCGACUGCAGCCAGGUGGGGACAGUGGUCACCUGCACCUGCCUGCCCGCCUAUGAGGGUGACGGUUGGACUUGCCGAGCUCGCAACCCCUGCUUGGACGGCCACCGAGGAGGCUGCAGUGAGCAUGCUGACUGCCUCAACACUGGUCCGAACACACGGCGCUGUGAAUGCCACGCAGGCUACGUGGGCGAUGGGCUGCAGUGUCUGGAGGAGCCUGAACCUCCUGUGGACCGCUGCCUGGGCCAGCCAUCACCCUGCCACGCAGACGCCGUGUGCGCCGACCUACAUUACCAGGAAAAACGGGCUGGUGUCUUCCACAUCCAGGCCACCGGCGGCCCUUACGGUUUGACCUUCGCAGAGGCCGAGGAAGCAUGCAAGGACCAGGGAGCCGUCCUGGCUUCACUCCCCCAGCUCUCUGCUGCCCAGCAGCUCGGCUUUCACAUCUGCCUCAUGGGCUGGUUGGCCAAUGGCUCUGCUGCCCACCCUGUGGUCUUCCCAGCGGCUGAUUGUGGUGAUAAUCGUGUAGGUGUAAUCAGUAUGGGUGUCCGCGAGAACGUUUCGGAGCGUUGGGAUGCCUUCUGUUACCGUGAGCAAGACGUGGCCUGCCAAUGCCCGGCUGGCUUCGUGGGUGACGGCAUCAGCACUUGCAACGGGAAGCUGCUUGAUGUCCUGGCUGCCACCGCCAACUUCUCUGCCUUCUAUGGGAUGCUGUUGGCCUAUGCUAAUGCCACCCAGCAAGGUCUUGAGUUCCUGGACUUCCUGGACAACGAGCUCACCUACAAAACACUCUUUGUUCCUGUCAAUGAAGGCUUUACGGACAACAUGACACUGAGUGGCCCAGACCUGGAACUCCACGCUUCCAAUGCCACCUUCCUGAGUGCCAAUGCCAGCCGGGGGACACUGCUUCCUGCCCACUCAGGUCUUAGCCUCUUCAUAAACGCUACAGGUUCUGGCAACAUUUCGUCAGUUCUUCUGGCCCCAGGGACAGCUGUAGUCAGCCACAUCAUCACGUGGGAUAUCCUGGCUUUCAAUGGCGUCAUCCAUGCUCUGGCCAGCCCCCUGCUCACGCCUCCCCAGUCUAGGGCCGUGCUAGGACCAGAGCCUCAACCUGUGGCAUUAAGCAUGGGAGUCGUGGUAGCCUCCGGAACGCUGCUGGGCCUGGUAGCUGGAGCCCUCUACCUGCGUGCCCGAGGCAAGCCCACAGGCUUCAGCUUCUCUGCCUUCCAGGCGGAAGACAAUGCUGACGAUGACUUCUCCCCAUGGCAAGAAGGGACCAGCCCGACCCUGGUUUCUGUCCCCAACCCUGUCUUUGGCAGCAGUGACGCCUUUUGUGAACCCUUUAAUGAUUCUCUUCUGGAGGAGGACUUCCCUGACACCCAGAGGAUCCUCGAGGUCAAAUGAUGUCAGCAAUGGAAGCAGAGGCGCACGGAAGACAGAGAGCACUUUUAUUGCUCGUCGGGGUGGCUGGGGCUGAAAGGCCAGAUGAUCUGUCUGGGAGAAUAAAAGUGCCCUCAUCGGAUGUGGGCCAUGUCACCAAGAAA